ACUCGUGGAGGGUGCUCAUGCAGGGGCUCGCGUCGCUCAUGUUCCUCUGCGCGCGCGCCGAUGAGUACGUCCGGCAGCCGCCGAGCCCGCUCGUGCUCACGGCCCACGACAAGCCGGCCGCUCAUCCUCAGCAGGUGCACAUUUCAACUGUGGGAAGGAACAAGAUGAGGAUUUCAUGGGUCACUGACGACCGGAACACGCCGUCGGUGGUGGAGUACGGCGAAUCUCGGGGCAACUACACCGCGUCAGCGACGGGCGACCAGGCGACGUACAAAUACUUCUUCUACGAGUCCGGCGCGAUCCACCACGUGACGAUCGGCCCGCUGGCGCCCGGCACAACCUACCACUACCGGUGCGGCAAGGCCGGCGACGAGCUCACCCUCCGGACCCCUCCGGCGUCCCUCCCGCUCGAGCUCGUCGUCAUCGGCGACCUCGGGCAGACCCGGUGGACGGCGUCGACGCUGGCGCACAUCGGCGGCGCGGACUACGACAUGCUGCUGCUCCCGGGCGACCUGUCGUACGCGGACACGCAGCAGCCGCUGUGGGACUCGUUCGGGCGGCUGGUGCAGCCGCUGGCGAGCGCGCGGCCGUGGAUGGUGACGGAGGGCAACCACGAGGCGGAGGCGCUCCCCGUCGUCGGCUUCGCGCCCUUCGUCGCCUACAACGCGCGGUGGCGGAUGCCGCACGAGGAGAGCGGCUCCGCCUCCAACCUCUACUACUCGUUCGACGCGGCCGGCGGCGCGGCGCACGUCGUGAUGCUGGGCUCCUACGCCGAGUUCGAGGAGGGGUCGGCGCAGCGCGCGUGGCUGGAGCGGGACCUCGCCGGCGUGGACCGGCGGAGGACGCCGUGGCUGCUGGUGCUGCUGCACGCGCCGUGGUACAACACCAACCAGGCCCACCAGGGGGAGGGCGAGGCGAUGCGCGCCGCCAUGGAGGCGCUCCUCUACGAGGCCCGCGUCGACGUCGUCUUCUCCGGCCACGUCCACGCCUACGAGCGAUUCACGAGGAUCUACGACAACGAGGCCGACGGCCGGGGCCCGAUGUACAUAACCAUCGGCGACGGCGGCAACAGAGAAGGGCUUGCUCUCAAGUUCCUGGAGGAUCACAAGUCGGCGCACCUGUCGGUGUUCCAGGAGGCGAGCUUUGGGCACGGCCGGCUGAGGAUCGUGGACGAGACGAGCGCCGUCUGGACGUGGCACCGCAACGACGACGAAUACGCCACCGUCCGCGACGAGGUCUGGUUGGAGAGCUUGGCUAGUCCAAAGCUAUCCAUGGCAGCCGCCGGUCGUCAGGACGAGGAGUUGUAGGAUGUUGCAGAUCAGUGAACACCCUACUGUUGGGGCGGUUAGGAAAUCAAACCCUUUAAUUGGGUCAUAAGACAACACUUUCACCAGUACGGAAUGAUGCUCACAGUUCGUUCGAAAA